GAGCGAGCGGCGGGUGCGCGCGCAGCCCGGCUCCCCUCCGGGCACCGACAGCUCGUUGCAGCCCGCGCGAGCCCGCCCCAGCCGUUGCCAUCAUGUCAGUUUCUCCCGUGAAGCGGCAGAAGAUGGAGUCGGUGCUGGAUCAGCUCAAGCACCACACCACCGUGGUGGCGGACACCGGGGACUUCAACGCAAUUGAUGAGUACAAGCCCCUGGAUGCCACCACAAACCCAUCUCUGAUACUAGCUGCUGCUCAGAUGCCAGCUUACCAGAAACUUGUGGAUGAUGCUGUGGCCUAUGGGAAAAAGCUUGGUGGGUCAGAAGAGGAACAGAUCAAAAAUGCUUCUGACAAACUUUUUGUAUUAUUUGGAGCUGAGAUACUGAAGAGGAUCCCUGGCCGUGUGUCCACCGAAGUAGAUGCAAGGUUGUCCUUUGAUAAGGAAGGGAUGAUUCAGAGAGCCAGGCGCCUCAUCGACCUUUACAAGGAAGCAGGAAUUGGUAAAGAUCGUAUUCUCAUAAAGCUCUCUUCAACGUGGGAAGGAAUCCAGGCAGGCAGGGUUCUGGAAGCAGAGCACGGGAUUCACUGCAACAUGACCUUGCUGUUCUCCUUUGCCCAGGCAGUUGCCUGUGCUGAAGCUGGAGUUACUCUCAUUUCCCCGUUCGUGGGACGCAUCCUGGAUUGGUAUGUUGCAAAUGGAGAUAAGAAAACCUAUGAGCCUUCAGAGGACCCAGGAGUGAAGAGUGUCACCAAGAUCUACAACUACUACAAAAAAUUUGGCUACAAAACCAUCGUGAUGGGGGCUUCCUUCCGAAAUACGGGCGAGAUAAAAGCGCUGACGGGCUGUGACUAUCUCACCAUCUCCCCCAAGCUCCUGGCAGAGCUCAGCAAGGAGAACGUCAAGUUAACCCCCACCCUCAGUGUAAAAGAGGCUCAGGCAAGUGAGCUUGAGAAGAUACACCUGGAUGAGAAGGCAUUCCGCUGGCACCACAACGAAGACCAAAUGGCUGUGGAGAAAUUAUCCGACGGGAUCAGGAGAUUUGCGGCAGACGCAAUGAAACUGGAAAGGAUGUUAAAGGAGCGAAUGUUCAGUGCUGAAAAUGGAAAGUAGAAGAAUCAGAAGCUCCCUGAGUGGUCAAGGCUGAAUGAGUGGAUCACCCUGCAGUUAGAUGGAUGUACAGAUGUCUUGCCUGUGAAGGUCUGAUGCUCUGUAUGGACAGAGAUCUGCCUCCUGCUUUUGUAAUCAAUUUGCAAAGGGAAAAAAUAGAAUUUCCCUCUUUUCUGGUGGCACUUUUGCCAAUACAGGUGAAAUAACAGUG